GGGGUGGGACGAACUGAAGUCCAUCCAGGAAGCGUUUUGCUGAAUACUUUCAGUUGCCAUCGAGAUAUCACGAUGAGAAAGCAGUAAUGUGGUAGCUCUGUGUAAUACAAUAUGCCAGUUUUUAGAAAAAACUAAACACAUUUCGUAACGUUAAUCCUGAGUUUUUUUUCGGAGUUUGUUUUCAUGGCAUAGUUAGACAAUGUGUAUCGUCAACCUUGUUGCAGAAUGGAUCAAUAGUAUAUGCAGAAUAGAUGCAGAAUAAGCGUUGUUUUGGACCAUCUGUUGUCAAAUCCAACAACUGUGUGGUUUAAUUUACCACUGAACUAACCCCAGCAGUAAACUCAUUUUAAAUCAUGUCGAAACUAGUGGGCACUGCGGGGGUCUCUGUGUUGGGCGACAAAUCUUUGGAGUUUUACCGAGAUCCAGUGGCUUUUUGUGAACAACGUAUUGAAAAGCAUGGGACACGGAUAUUUCAAUCAAGACUUCUGAACAAACCAACUUCAUUCGUCUGUUCGGUGGAAGGGAUGAAGGAAUUACUUUGCGAGAAGUCAUCUGUGUUCCUGAAAGACCCCACUGAUGUAAUGCAUAACAUGUAUGGAGACAACAUAGUGACUGCUAAUGGCGAGGAAGCCUGCUUGCUGCGUCUGUCUCUCACCAACCUUUUCACAGGAAAGUGUCUGGCCUCAGGCUCUGACCUCAUUAACAGUGUUUCUGAACGGUGCUUGAAGAACCUUUCUGCAACUGGGAAGCCUGUGUCGGUGUACCCUCUGUUUAAACGACUGGGAACAGAACUGGUGUUGGGGCUGUUCCUGAAUGUGAACCCAGAUGAGACACCAGAGCUUUUCCAGGAAAUUACAGCACUCUGUACCCUACACUGGCAUGGGAUCAUCUCAACUCCAAUCAGUGUGAAGGUUCCUCUGUGGUCCUCUGGCUUUUGCACAGCGCUGGAGGCUAAAGACAAGCUCAUGGACAUCAUUAAAGACAAGCUGGAGUGUCAGAGACAGGGGUUUGUAGGUUAUCUCCGUGAUCUACCUCUCCCUGAUGCCAGUUGUGCCUCCCAGCAUCUGCUGUUGUUCAUCUCUGCUCUGAUCCCCAAAGCCCUGGCAUCCUUACUCACCUCCUUCACCCUGGUUCUGAGUGGCGCAGGCAAGAAGGAAAUGAGGAGUCGUGCGAGGGCAGACCCGGAUUACCUUUACUACGUCCUCCUGGAAGUACAGAGACUUUGGCCUCCGUUCAUUGGUGGAAGGAGAAUAGCUAAUCAAAACCCAGAGCCCCAGCCAGCCCCAGCCCAGCCCAGGUGGGCCCAUAUGCUGCCUGCUAAUGGGGUUAUACAUAAAUCAUCCUCAUCUGGCCAACUGCCUGCCAGGCUUCCUGAUAGAAGGAUGUGCAUGUCACUGGAAAUAAGGACCAGGCCUGAUGAGGGGCUGUAGUCUACUGGGGACCUGUGAUACAUUACUGUAGCUCCUCAGCUUCAAUCAGCCCUCUUUAAAAGCCAGGGAUCAUGAAUACAGACAUCCUAAAUAUGUGAUAUCUCUUUUCCCAGUUUUGAAAUCGUUUUCAUAGAAUCUUAUUUCCCCAGAAUCUCUGCUACAAUACAAUGAUCAGUGUUCCUUUAAAAAAAACAAUGAUCGGUAUUCCGAGAAGUGUUUUGUCUAGCACUCUGCAGAGUGUGGAGACACAUUAAGCAGUGUUUUUCAGAGCCCGUGUGUGUGUGUUUGUGUGUGUGCUCAUGACUGCAUGAGUGUGAACCAUGUGUGUGUGUGAGUGAUCUCUGCUCUGCUCUGAGAGGAGGCUCUCUGUCUGCCCUUGAUAAACAGGAAGCAGCUUUUCAAUAAUGACAUCUCAGUGCUUCUCUGUGAUGGACUUAAUGCCUUAAACACCCCACUGCCUCUAAAUGAGUUAAUGCCUUAACAAAAACCCCACUGCCUCUAAAUGAGUUAAUGCCUUAACAAACACCCCACUGCCUCUAAUUGAGUUAAUGCCUUAACAAACACCCCACUGCCUCUAAAUGAGUUAAUGCCUUAACAAAAACCCCACUGCCUCUAAAUGAGUUAAUGCCUUAACAAACACCCCACUGCCUCUAAAUGAGUUAAUGCCUUAACAAACACCCCACUGCCUCUAAAUGAGUUAAUGCCUUAACAAACACCCCACUGCCUCUAAAUGAGUUAAUGCCUUAACAAACACCCCACUGCCUCUAAAUGAGUUAAUGCCUUAACAAACACCCCACUGCCUCUAAAUGAGUUAAUGCCUUAACACCCCACUGCCUCUAAAUGAGUUAAUGCCUUAACAAACACCCCACUGCCUCUAAAUGAGUUAAUGCCUUAACAAACACCCCACUGCCUCUAAAUGAGUUAAUGCCUUAACAAACACCCCACUGCCUCUAAAUGUUUUUUAAAGUUCAUUUUAUUUUAUUUAUUUAACUAGGCAAGUCAGUUAAGAACAAAUUCUUAUUUUCAAUGACGGCCUAGGAACAGUGGGUUAAUUGCCUGUUCAGGGGCAGAACGACAGAUUUGUAUCUUGUCAGCUCGGGGAUUUGAACUUGCAACCUUUCGGUUGCUAGUCCAACGCUCUAACCACUAGGCUACCCUGCCGCCCCCUAAUUGAAUUAAUGUUUUAACAAACACCCCGCUGCCUCUAACAAAGUAAAUGCUUUAACAAACAGAGCGAGAGAGAUGAAGAAUGAAUUAUUCCUCUGGAUUCCCUCUCUAUGUUUUUUGCCAGUCUAAAUAUGUUCAGUAAGUAAAUAGUGAUUACUAAUUAUAUACAAAAUGUAUGUUUCUAUAAUUACAAACCUCAGGUUGUUUCUACUAUGUUCAUAGCAGCACUGUAUGUGAGGAUUUCUGGGAAAAUCUACCAUUCCCACAUGAAAAAAUACUUCAGUAUUUACUACAUAAUUCUGUAGUAAACUGCAGUAUACUUAAGCAAUAAGGCACGAGGGAGUGUGGUUUAUGGCCAAUAUACCAUGGCUAAGGGCUGUUCUUAGGCAUGACGCAUCACACCCCUGAGGUG